AUGGAAGGAUCAGGUCCGCGCCAAACCGGACGUGCAGAAUCUCAACGACAGGACAACUUUUUGAAUCUCGAACGAGGGAAGGACCAAGAUAAUCAACGAGAGGGCAGUGUGAACACCUCUCACACGAGUAGGAGCCGCUCAAAAGGGAAAGAUCAUGCAUCCCAUAAGCAGAACGAGCGAAAGGCUCUACAGCAAGAGAUUUAUGAUUUAAAGAAGAAGCUGCGUCGAGCGCAGCGAAAACGUCCUGCACCUGGCUUGGACACUAGCAGUGAUAAAGACAGCGAAUACAGGCGAAGGUCAAGAACCCCUCCGAGCGAGACUUUUUCCUAUGAGGAAGAGCGGCCUCGCAAACGUGGCCACAAAAGCCCGUCUUACCAAGGCCUGGCCAAUGAUGCCAUGAGCAAGGCCCUAGAUCGCAUCUCCCAGUCGCCAUUCACGUGUAGAAUAGAGAGGGCAGUGCUUUCUCGGCGGUUCAAUCAACCGACGUUUGCCAUAUACAAUGGUCGAUCUGACCUAGUGGAACAUGUAAGCCAAUUCAACCAGAGGAUGGCCGUCCACUCCAGGGAUGAGGCGCUAAUGUGUAAGGUGUUUCCAUCCAGCUUGGGACCCAUGGCGAUAAGAUGCACUAGAGUCCCUCGGCCCCUCGAUUCCCUCUUAUCCUUGUCCAUGUGGGAAGGAGAAACGCUGAAGGCCUACUCGGACAGAUACUGGGAAAUGUACAACGAGAUAGAAGGAAAUUACGAUGACGUCGCCAUUAGUACAUUCAAAAGGGGCCUGCCGACAGAGCAUGGCUUAAGAAAGUCCCUCACUGGGAAGCCAGUCACCAGCAUGCGCCAACUCAUGGACAGAAUAGACAAGUACAAAAGGGUUGAGGAGGACCAGCAGAGGGGGAAGGGUAAAGCGAAGGUUGUCCCUCAAGAGAGGAGGGACUUCAGGUCGGACCGCUUUAACAGCAGUAACAGGCCGAGAAGAGACUACGUGGAACAGCCCGGACCUACUGGGGCUCAGGCAGUCCACGCUGUGUUCCGAGAACCAUUGCACAAGAUCUUGGAGAAGGUGAAGUGCGAACCCUUCUUUCAGUGGCCGAACAGGAUGGCAGGCGACCCCUCAAGACGCAAUCAGAAUCUGUACUGCGCGUACCAUCAGGAGCCCGGUCACAUCACCGACGAUUGCAGGAAUCUGAAGAACCAUUUGGAUCGGCUUGUCCGAGAAGGAAAGUUGAGGCAUCUAUUGCACCGCCCUGAACAGUUGAAUGUCGAAACCAGACAAGGCAUAUUGAGGCCACCCAUUGGCACAAUCAAUGUCAUUCUUGCCGCACCUGGGAGGACCGGUUCUAGCCAUUUCAGAGUAAUGUCAGUGGGCAGGUUCCCGACUGAGCCAGACGAAAGGGAAUCCAAGAGAGCCAAAGUGAGUGCCACGCCAUUGAUCGGGUUCACGGAGGAAGACAAGCAAGGAACCCUUCAACCCCACGACGAUGCCCUAGUCGUUACGCUCAGAAUAGGAGGUUAUGACAUGAAAAAGGUGUUAGUUGAUCAGGGCAGCGCCGUGGAGGUAAUGUACCCCGAUUUGUAUAAGGGGUUGAACUUGAAGCCAGAAGACCUGUUGCCAUACGAUUCCCCUCUGGUUAGUUUUGAAGGAAAGAUCGUCAUCCUAAAAGGCAUGAUUAGGCUGCCUGUGCAAACAGACUCGGACGUGGUAGAGGUGAACUUCAUUGUCGUAGAUGCAUACUUCCCCUACACAGCUAUUGUGGCCCGACCGUGGCUUCAUGCACUGGGGGCUGUGUCAUCAACCUUGCACCAAAAAGUGAAGUAUCCGUCAGGAGGUCAAGGUAAAGAAAUAAUAGGGAAUUAG